AUGACCAGCGGGUCUGGUGUGACUCGGUCCGGGCAGCAUCGCUGGAGCACCAUUAGCAGUCUGAGUGCCGACAGCGGAGUGGUGGGGCUUAGUGAUGACCGGGAGGAGGAGGAGAGCGAGCCUCGUCGUUACCGCAAAAGCCGGGGAGCCGAGGUGGAACGGGUGGACAGCGGCAUUGGGCCAGGUCUGUCCCGUACCUGGAAGAGACCAUCUGCUUCCCUAAGAGCCUGGGAAGCCCAGAGACCCUGUCCAGACUGUGGACUGAGGGAUGGCGCCUCCAAAGAGCGAGGAGAACGCAUGUGUGAACGUUGCUCCAAGUUGCGUACCGAGCGCAAGGAAGCCAUCCUGGAGUUUCUGAACACAGAGUCGAGCUACGGCGAAGACCUGCGGAUCAUCAAGGAGGAGUUUUAUGGCCCCAUGCAGAGUGCUGGGCUGCUGACAACUGAGCAGCUCGCUGUGGUAUUCGGUAACGUUCAGGAGCUGAUAGAUGUUAACGACCGAUUCACUGAACAUCUGCAGGACAGCAUCGACCAGGCUUUUGACCAGGGAGAUGAAGAUCUGCUGACUGUGUACAUAGGAGAGAUCUUUCUGGAGUUUGUCAACAUGCUGCCUGCCUUCCAGACCUACUGCCUGCAGCAGUCUACCUCGGUCAACAUGCUCAACACGCUGGAGAAGGAGAAAGAACUGCUCAGAAUCUUCCUGGAUGUUUCCCAGAAUGACAACACGGCACUGCGUCGUAUGAACUUGCGCUCCUUCCUCAUGGCACCCCUCCAGCGAGUGACUAAAUACCCGCUUCUAUUGAGCCGCAUCAUUAAAGUCACUCCCGAAUGUCACCCCGACUAUGCACGUCUCCGUGAGGCUAAGAGUCGGGUAGAAUCCCAUUUGGAGCACAUCAACAUGAAGACCAAGCAGGAGGGCAACGGCGUCACCUGGUCCCUCCGCUCAUUCCGCCGUGACAGCCGCAAAAACCGGGAGGUCAUCAACAUCGAGAUGCGAGAGGUAUCAAUGAAGACCGUGGGCUGGGCGAGAGAAAACACACGAUUUGUCAUGGAGGGUCCCCUCCAGUUGUCCCAGCCACCAGAUGGUCAGUGGAUGAAAAAAGGGCAGCAAGGCCCUCAAGUUUCAAAAUGUCCAGAGUCUGCUGAUGGUGAGCACACAGCGGCCCAGUGAAGCCCCAGGACAGGGCACCGACCUGGGGGCAGGGGGGGACCAGGGGGAGGGGGGUGGAGAGAGCAUUCGGGAUGGAGUGCUGGUUCUAAUCAAGGACAAGAGCAGUGGAAAGUUCACAGUGCUGAGAGAGCCCAUACGUCUGGGUAACUGCGUGGUGUCAACAGAUCCGGACUGUGAGGACACAUUUGAGGUGCUCGACAUUCGUCGGGAGUCUUUCGUUUUCCGAGCCUCGGACAAAUCUCGCACCCAGCAGUGGUUCCAUCAGAUUAAGAGAUAUGCCCGAGACUUGGGCACCUGGAGAAAAAGACGCAAUGCUUUGCCCAACAUCAUGAUCAACACAAACCAGACCCGCUCCUGAGACCAACUGUCCCCAGCCUUUGUUACACUGUAAAUAACCCAAAUCCUUGUACAGCAAAUCUAAACUGACAACAAGAAACGUUUGAAUGACGCCACUGUUAUAACAUGUUAGACUUCAGUAAAAUAAAAUCUUCCUCAAAGUCUCGGAAGGGUAAGAAAAAGAUCUAGCACUUUUUUCUUACAAAACAAUAAGUGCAACAUACUUUCAUACAAUCGUGUAUGAAGAUUUAAGUUGUUAACAAAAGAUCUGAUUCUUGGACAACCAAAAACCUUGGGCUUGUCAGCCUUGAUUGUAAAGACUGUUUGCUCAUGUAGAAAGAGCAGGGUUUAGGUAAAUAAGGUGCGUUUGUUGGAAAGCAUGACUGAACAUGACUGAUUGCAAAAACAAAAAUUGUAAUCUAAUUUUUUUAUACAAGACAGUCGAAAGGGGAAACAUUUGUUUUAGUAUGAAGAGAUGGAAAUGUGGUCAAGAGCUUUGUCCAGUGGUUUCUGUCGUCACUGCCCUCACCUCUCUGUGUGCCGCCCUCUACUGUAUGUUGACGGUAGAGCAACUUUCACUGCCAGAGAUGCAGUUGAGCAAAGCCUCCCCAGCAGGCUGAACAUACCUCCUGUAUCACUGUAAAUGAGAAGUCACAAAACAGCAAUAAUCUCUACCAGUUUCAAAAUAAGUAGCUACUGUAUGUAUUUAAUUUCUCAAGAUUUCCUUUGGCGUUCAGGUCUUUAUUCUGCUCUAACGCGCGCUGUUACCUAGUGUCAUGUGGCAGAUUCAGGUCUCAAAUCUGAACAUGUUUGACAUUGGUAAAGCUUCCCUUCAUCAUCCUUACACCAAGGAAGUCUCUGUCCCACUCAGUCACUGGAGUUAAGAUAAUGUUAGUGCCAUGAACGCAGUUUGUGAGAAGUCUAGUCAGUCUCCUUUGUGUUAACAUCAUGUCAAACACCACAGUUUCCCCCCACGUGUUAAGUGCAGAGUUUUUCAGCCUUUGGUUCGGGACCCCAUGUGGGGUUGCACGGAUCGGGCCAUGGGACAGAUUAUUUGAUAGAUCUAUUUGUAGGGUUGCCACAAACAGUUAUUUGCAUUAUCAAUUAAUCUGAUCAUUCGGUCUACAAAAAUAGUGAAGAAUGGCUUAGUUAUUUAAUUUACAAGUACAAACAUUUCAGAGAUCAAAAUUGUGUCAAUCAAACUAACCUAUUUACUUAUAUCAGCACUGAGAGUUUGUAAAGAACUCGAAUAGGUUUGAAAUGAGUAUACAUAUAUAUGCUAUCUUUAUAUUGUCAUACCAUGAAAUCUCUCUGGCUGCUGAGGUCAUGACAAUUUAGGCAAUUUUAUUUGACUCAAAAAAAUAAACCCAUCCCACCCAUCUCGUCAUGACAUGGUUUUAACUGUGUGUUAUGUGACCUAGCGAUGAGCUGUUGUGCCUUGGUACUUGAUUACUGUUAUGCUAAAACAUACUGAAAUAUUUGCAACAUGUCACAGUAGCAUUUAUAUCUGGGAUCCGGACUAGACAGCCCUCUGUUGGCACUUAAGGACGAUUUACAGGCAAUAUAAUUAUUCCUCUGACAGUGAUCACCUGGUCCUCUCUUGUUUUAGUGUGUUUUCAUUUAUGAAAGCUUUUUGUUUAAUGCACUUUAUUAUGAUUCAGUAAUAGAAUGCUCUCCAGUGUAACAUGUCAUUUUUUUUAUUCACAAUUAUUCAUAUUAGAAGGAACCUAGUUGACCGAAGCAGAUUUCAGCAGGUCAACGCAAUACAGUCAAACCAAAUCCACUAUUUAAGACUGAUACUGUUUCAUGUUUGAUAUAAAGUAGCACUAGAAGAGGUAGCAAAUCACUGUGUUUUGGAGGGCAGGGCUGCUCAGCUCCACACCAAUACUCGUGCGCUGUCGUAGGACAUGGUUUCAACCCUUUCAACAUAUAAAAAAAACAAAGCCUGCUGAGUUGCAUAUGGUUUCUUUUGGUUUUGUGUUGCAUUUGAAAGACCUAAUGUAUUAUUUCCCCAAUGUAAUAUAUUGUGAAUUAUAUUAAAAGAUUUUAAACACAA